UUUCUUGGUCUUCGCUUCCACCAAUACAAAUUAUACUCUGCUCCCCGCUUGCAUUUCUCUGUACACCAGACACGGAUUAAACAAUUCUUUUAUACGGAUUUAUGUAUUCAUACAAACGUUAUCUUUCUACUCAUUUUUGUUGGCGUAUAUAAAAGUAUUUUUGCUCUGUCUGAACGAGUAUUUGUCUGGUGUUUCCUUCUUCUGUUGGGAAAAAGAGACAACCCUUAUCCUGCUUUGCCUAUAAAGUUUUGGCCCAUAUCCGUGUAAGUUUCAUAUUUCAUCUUGUAAUCAUCCUCUGAGUGUGUAUGUUUUGAAGUGUUUGUUUGUGGGCGGCGAGCGAUCUUUUCUCGGUUCUUUGUUGAAUUGAUAAUAGUUGGCCUAACAGUCUGUUAUUACUGGAAAGCGAAAAUGUGUUUUGGUUUCUUGGUCGCCGGCGGGAAUCUGUUAUCGUGUUGCUGUGUUCAGGGGAGCUGCAAGUUGUUGAAUUUUGACGGGGAUGUGUAGAGAGAGAAGAGAAGCAGAUUGAAGAAAGCGUGUGUUUGUGUGAAGAUUGUGUGGAUAGUCAAAUCACGUGAUAAGAAAGAAAGAUGCCGCAUAGAACUACUUACUUUUUUCCGAGGCAAUUUCCGGACCGCAAUUUCAAUGCGUCGUCAAAGUUGGUCGUAGAUCACGAAAAGAAAUUUGUUACAGAUGAUGGGAAGUUGGAGGGCCGUCAGCGCGAAGAGGUCACACUCAAAGCAGAAACUCAUAAAGAUGACAACAUUUGUGUGUGUAAAGCUGAUGAUAGUUACAGUUAUGGUGGUCUCUCUCAUGGAGUCACGGGGGACAAGAUUCACGGGAAGCAGUUGUCCGCCUUUGUAAAGUGGCUUUCCGACAAGAAAAAGAAAGAAAAACAACAGGGCCAUGUUGUCGAUCCCGUGAAGAUCAGAUUGUACGAGAACGAUGAUAUUAUUGAAGAGGAAGAUGAAGUCACACAGCGACUUUUGCCGCCGCCUCCGCCGCCAGCGGACGCUGACCGGCGGCAAGAUUCGCUGCGGCGGCUGCCGAGUAAUGGGAGCAAUUAUAGUAACAGUGCGGAUCACGUGCAAGGGAAGGAAAGGGCGUUCGAGAGGCAAACUUCGUUGCAGAGAUUAUCAAGCGGGGGGAGCACGAGCUAUGCGGGGAGCUUAAUCUCGGGGACUACUUUGGAUGGGAACUGGACGUCAACGACUAUCGGGAUGCUCAAGGACUCCGCCGUAGUAAAGGAGGAGGAGGAGGAGGCGGCGGCCGAGGAGGGCCUUGGGCCCAGGGAAGAUCCUGACGUUAAUCGGAGGUAUAAAGAGAGCUACUAUUUGCAGUUAAUGCUUGCCAAAAGGCUUACCGAACAGGCAACACUAGCCACUGAGCCUCUUCUUCUGCAAGAACGUAGAAUUCUUGGUGGUUCUUCCGAUGCUGAAACCGUCUCCUAUCGUCUUUGGGUCAGUGGUUGCUUGUCUUACACUGACAAAAUCUCAGAUGGGUUCUAUAACAUUUUGGGAAUGAAUCCAUAUGUCUGGCUGAUGUGCAAUGACAUGGAGGAAGGUAGAAAGAUGCCUUCAUUAAUGGCGCUUAAGACAGUCGAACCGGACGAUACAUCGCUUGAGGUGAUAUUGGUGGAUCGACGUGGAGACUCGCAGCUGAGGGAGCUUGAAGAUAAAGCUCAAGAGAUAUAUUUCUCAGCGGAGAGUACUCUCGUUCUGGCCGAGAGACUUGGCCAACUCGUUGCUGUCUAUAUGGGGGGAUCUUUUCCUGUGGAGCAAGGUGACCUUAAUCUUGGCUGGAAAUUGGUCAACCAGAGAUUAAAGGAUUUCCACAAGUGCAUCGUGAUCCCAAUAGGUAGCCUGUCUGUGGGACUUUGCAGGCACCGGGCUAUACUUUUCAAGAAAUUAGCAGACUACGUUGGUUUGCCUUGUCGGAUUGCUCGAGGUUGCAAGUAUUGUGUUUCUGACCAUCGGUCUUCAUGCCUUGUCAAAAUUGAGGAUGAAAUGAAGCUUUCCAGGGAAUUUGUUGUUGAUCUAGUUGGGCAACCAGGAAAUGUCCACGGCCCAGAUUCAUCAAUCAAUGCAAGUUCACUUUCCUCUGUCCCAUCACCAUUUCAAGUAUCACAUCUAAAAGAAUUUCAGCAAGAUGUGAAGAAUGAGAUCGCAAAUCAAUCUCUGAACUCAAAAUAUGCAUGUGGCAAUAACAUUCCUAUAUGUUCAGCAACUGGGGAUGAAAAGAAGGAUAUUAUUUUGGCGGAAAAUGCAAAAGAUGAGGGCCGCUGGCCAGAGUUUUUUUAUGUUACUGGUGCUGCAAAAUCUAAGGAUGACUAUUCCCAAUCAGGAGGUGAUAAAAUUAUUAUAAAACAGACUUACAAAAAGGAGAUCGUUGUAGCUGGAAAUAUGGUUCAAUCUCAAGCCAAUAGACAACCUAAAGUAACCUUCUCCAAAGAUUUGGAGACUAAGAAUAAGUUUCACGAUCACGGGCAACAACAUUCUUCAGUCAUUCCUAGAUAUCUGAAUCUAGAGCCAUCUCUCGCAAUGGAUUGGCUGGAGAUCUCAUGGGAUGAGUUACACAUUAAGGAACGUGUUGGUGCUGGAUCUUUUGGCACUGUGCAUCGAGCUGAAUGGCAUGGAUCGGAUGUAGCAGUUAAGGUUUUAACCGUCCAGGAUUUUCAUGAUGAGCAAUUGAAGGAGUUUCUAAGGGAGGUUGCUAUAAUGAAACGAAUCCGUCAUCCAAAUGUGGUUCUGUUCAUGGGCGCUGUUACAAAACGUCCGCAUCUAUCUAUAGUAACCGAGUAUUUGCCAAGAGGUAGCCUGUUCCGACUGAUACACAGGCCAGCUGCUGGAGAAAUUUUAGACCAGAGGCGACGACUACGCAUGGCUCUCGAUGUGGCAAAAGGUGUCAAUUACCUUCAUCGGCUUACUCCGCCUAUUGUCCACUGGGACCUAAAAUCGCCGAAUCUGUUGGUUGAUAAAAAUUGGAAUGUGAAGGUAUGCGAUUUUGGUUUGUCACGUUUCAAAGCAAACACAUUCAUAUCGUCGAAGUCUGUUGCUGGAACACCUGAGUGGAUGGCCCCUGAAUUUCUUCGUGGAGAGCCCUCCAAUGAGAAAUCUGAUGUCUACAGUUUUGGAGUGAUUUUGUGGGAGCUUGUCACUAUGCAACAGCCUUGGAGUGGUCUCAGUCCUGCCCAGGUGGUCGGAGCUGUUGCUUUCCAGAAUAGGAGACCUGCGAUCCCACCAAACACGUCCCCGGUAUUGGCAUCUCUAAUGGAGUCUUGCUGGGCUGAUGACCCUGCACAGCGCCCAUCGUUCAGUAACAUAGUGGAUACAUUGAAGAAGUUGUUGAAAUCACCGUUGCAAAUGAUACAAAUGGGCAGUCCGUGAGGCAUAUCUUCGUUUGUUUUUGGUUUUGGGCGAGAGAAGAGGAUGGUAGUAGCAAGUGUUUUUACUGAAGUUGCUGCAUCACCUAGCGGGAUAGGAAUAGAGAUGGGGAUGGGGAUGGAGCCAUACAGAUAGUAGAUACCAAUAAUUUCUGUUGUUUGAAUUCAGGCAUGGAAUGAAACUAACUGUAUGGUAAUGUUGUGUGGAGCAUAUGGACCACUGGUGUGGAGUGCUGUGUAAUAAAAGGGACAGGUUACUACUCACUACACAACACUUGUUGUCUACGACACCACUACGCUACCUUCAUUACCUGUUGCCUUUCUUGCAUUGCUUUUUUAUACAUCAUAGUUUUCUAUAUAUUAUUGUCUUUAUUUUUAUU